AUGGGAGCAGACGCGACUACCACAGAGCUCGUUCUCAAAUCCAACGUAGAGCUCACGGCCCGCCUCCCCGCACUCUCAGGCGCGGCCAAGCUGACGAUCAAGGGCGCGUGCGGAUCCACCGGAAUCGACAAGUGCAUCAUCAGCGGGCGUGGCGCCUUCCCCAUAUUCACCUCCCCCUCGACAAUCAACACGGCGGGGCUGUUGACUCUGGUCAACCUCACCUUCCAGUACGCGCUGGGAGGCGUCUUUUCCAAGGUGCUGACGCCAGUCAACGCCAGUCAAUGCAAUUUUGCCCACAACAUAGCUGCUGCUGAUGCUGGCGGAGGGGUGCUCAGAGACAACAUCACAAUAAUGCCCGUGCCUCCCAAGCGGCUCUUCACGGGUUGCAUCUUUUACAACAACUCCUCGCCCGCCCUGGGGGGUGGCGCGGUCAACAUAGACGCCCACACCUUCAACGCCACCGGGCUCACUGACCGCGUGCCGGCUCUCACCUUCCUGCGCUGCCGCUUCAAGGACAACAGCGCGCCGAACCACCUGGGCGGGGCGGUUAGGGUGGCGGGGACGGCCAGGCUGCGGUUCGAGGAUUGCGUGUUCGAUGGGAACAACGCUGCCAUAUACGCUAAAGACGCCGCCUUCACUUUUGUUAGACCCACCCUAAACUACAACAAGGCUCUCGGCACCUCCACUCUCAACACCAUCACCGCCGGCGAAGGCGGUGCGGCCUACGCCGCGGCCACGGGACGCAACCCCGAGGCUACGGUGUGCUUCUGCUCGUCGGCCUUCCAGUCAAACACUGCCAAGUAUAUGGAUGGCAGCACGCUGUACAUGGAAGCAGGCUGGGUGGGAUCGCAGUGGGUGGCGGUGCUGUCGAUUUGCGACAGGAGCAAGCCGAGUGCGUCAGUGGUGCCCACGAGUGGAUGGAAGCUGGUGACCGGCUGCCCCGCCAGGCUGGCACGGUUGGUGGUACCCAUGAGUGGGUGGGAGUCAGUACCUCGUGUAGCACUCAGCCCGCUACCCACACUCACCUUCUACCUCAUGCUACUGCCCCCUUCCUCAUGCAUGACUUGUGUUUUUACGGCUCUCCUCAUGCUUUUCUAUCCGCAACCCCUCUGCUGUCUCCCAUCCAUCUCUCCUAUUUCCUCCGUCUAA